UUAAUAAACUCCUCAGUUCCUGAGUGCUUGUUUGGAUUUAACAAAUCUAUAUUAAAGUCACCGCAUAUGAACAUUGAUUUAUGACUUAGUGUCAGGUAACCUGUCCAACAAAGCUGAUUCUGAUUUUGGUUCUGAUUUUGCUUUUGUCUUUGUGUGUUUUCAUUUUCAUUUUAUCAGGCUGUGCAGCCUAAACAAUAUCUGAAUCUUUUGUCCCUGUAAAGCUGUUCUGUCUUUCCUGGAGUCUCACUGUACAUCUCUCCUGUGCAGGAUGGGCAGGUCCAAGACUCUGCUGACCUCCCUGACCCUGUCUGUGAUGUUUGGGGUACUGGUGUGUGUCUCUCCACACCCCUCCAUCUUCAUUGUUAUGCGUUUCUGUCUGGCGGCUGCUAGUGCGGGAGUCUACCUCACUCUGUACAUCACUCGUGUGGAGCUGUGUGAGCCAUCCCUGAGGCUGCUGGUGACCAUGCUGGCUGGGCUCAUGACUGUAGCUGGAGAGCUGCUGUUGCUGGCCGUUGCCCUGGGCUGCCAGACCUGGAGGGGCCUGCUGGGAGCUGGGGCUGCACCACUCACACUGUUUCUUAGUUAUGGCAUUCCUGGGAUAUUUCCAGAGUCUCCUCGCUGGCUUCUUCUGUCAGAGCAAUCAGCAGACAUGAACUCGUUCAGUGAGAGGAGAAACUCCAACAGGGAUGUGAGGGAUGAUGAGAGUUUCACAGAGCUGGAUUCAGAGCCACGCCCCUCUUCACGCCCCUCGCUGUCAUUCCCUGAGCUCUUCCGCAGCAGGAACAUCUGGAAGAACCUGUGUGUGCUUGGCUUCACCUCAUUCAUCUCACAUGGCAUUAAUCACUGUUACAGCUCUUUCCGAGGUGACGUGAGAGGCACCUCCCCCAGUUUCUAUUGGAUGUACUUGCUGUCUGUGUGUGCAGGGGGUGGUGCCUGGCUGUUGCUCUGGGUGACCGUGGACAAGUGUGGUCGCCGUGGUAUCCUCCUCCUCUCCAUGACGAUGAUGGGACUGGCCUCUUUGAUCCUACUGGGACUUAUGGAGUAUCUCAGUGAAACAGCCAUCACAGUUUUCUCAGUGCUGGGUCUGUUCUCCUCUCAGGCCACUGCCUCCCUAUGCAUCCUCUUCACUGCUGAGGUCAUGCCCACCAUCAUCAGGGGCAGUGGUGUGGGUGCUGUGCUCGCCCUGGGAUGCGUGGGCCAACUCAGCUCCCCACUCAUGGACCUGAGGAACCACUAUGGCUACUUCCUGCACCAUGUGGUGUACUCAUCUCUGGCCCUGCUUGCUGUACUGUCUAUUCUACUGCUGCCUGAGAGCAAGAGGAAGCCGCUCCCCCAAACACUGGUCGAUGGGGAACAGUACAGGCGACCCCCUCUGGGCAGGAGGAGGAGGGACAAUGUGCCGCUGCUCGCCACACCCAACCCAGAGACCUAAAAGACCAAGCUACUGGGGGAUAGAGUGUACUCAAAUCAGUCAAUGUACAGCCUGAAUAUUUACAUUCACCAUGUUCAUGCGCAGGGACAGGAAAGCGCAGUAAUGAAGGAGUGAGAGUAGGGGGUUACAUAGAUGAUUGUGGACUGAUGUGAUCAGACACCCUAAACUUCCUAACCUACCCUCUAGUCAUUCCAGAGCUGGGUGGGUUGAGCAGCUCGCCACUGACACUCCUGAUUUGGGGCCAGAUGUAUAAAACUCCGUGUAGAUUCAUGACUAGAACUGUGUGUAUGCACUAAGACUGAAGUGAGUGUACACAUUGUUUUUGUCAUAUUUAUCAGGACGCAUGUACACCUGGUUCUGUUUUAUAAACCUCAAGCAUUGCAGAAUUGGGCCCAUGUGCAGAGCUUCUUUUCCACUCCCACUUUUAGCCUUAAAUAGAUGUAGACACACCCUUAAUUAAUCAUUUGUAUAGAGAACUGCUGUUUGAAUCACAUUAUUAGACAAGGCAAUGAAAGCAAUGCUAAAGAAGUCUGAUUUCACUGAUUCAGUGGCUGAAGCAGCAAAGCAACCCCAGAACAUCAGUGACCCUCCACCGUGUUUGACUGUAGGUACUGUGUUCUUUU